GUAGUGGGCACGUGUCACAUACGGGGCGUGGCCUAGCAAACCCAACCGACCGGGGGCAGCAAAUUUCGAGAAUCGCCUCUCCUUUUCUCGAAAUGGCUACCGAAAACGUCGACCCUGCUUUUGUUCACUCGGACAGCGGGCGGCCGCUGACCAGCGACCAGGCCACCGGGCGCCGCUCGGCCGCCAAGAGGCUCCAGCAGGAGCUGAUGACUCUGAUGACGUCCGGCGACAAGGGCAUCUCGGCCUUUCCCGAGAGCGACAACCUCUUCCACUGGAUCGCCACCAUCGAGGGUCCGCCGGGCACCGUGUUCGAGAACUCGGUCUACAAGCUGAGGCUGGCCUUCCCCAGCGACUAUCCGUACAGCAGCCCCCGGGUCUUGUUCCUGACGCGGUGCUUCCACCCGAACGUGGACUCCCAGGGCAACAUCUGCGUCGACAUCCUGCAGCACCACUGGUCGGCGCUUCUGGACGUCCGGACGGUGCUACUCUCGAUCCAGUCGCUGCUCGGCGAGCCCAACGUGGCCAGCCCGCUGAACUCCUACGCCGCGUCCAUCUGGGGCGACAAGGAAGAGUACCAGAGGGCGCGACAGGUGUUCGAGACGAUGCAGGACGGCGAAAACACGCCGCAGAAGUCGACGGUCGAAUAGCGCCUGUUCUGUCCUUGUAUAUUCGCGAUGGAGUCAGCCACGAGGUAGCGCGAGUGCAGCUCAUGUCCUUUUUUUUCCGUGACUUGCCAUAAGUUUCGAUCGCCGCAAAACCCGGUAUCAACAUUUCGGCUUUAUAUCUCAUCAGUUUUACAUAGAAUGGGUACCGGGAAAGAACGGGGACACAGUGCUGCCUCAACGCCUGGCACCAGCCUCAGGGCACCGCGGUAUUAGAGAAUUUUAGUGCGUCCGGUAGUCCGGCAAGCGCGGGCGGUUUGUCGGUUUAGCGGGGGCGCAAACGCGAGCGGCCAGAUUGGUGACGCCAGCUGGUGGCGCAAAGUUAAACCACGCACGCAUAAAGCUAAUUACUACAUUCUGCUUAGAUGCUGGUGUAAAUCUCCGACAGCGGCGCAAUCGUGUUCACGAUUACGUCGCUGCCAAAGAUUUGCACCAGCAAGAAGCAGGAUAUUGUGAGUUACUGCAGUUUUAGCACUGUGUUUGUCUGGUUGAACUCUACGCCACCAGGCGGCUGCACCGCUCUGGCCGCUCACGUUUACGCCUCCGCAAAUCCGGCAAUCCGCCCAAACCGCCUCCGUUUGCCGGAAUAGCGGACAGGCUAAACGUCUCUAUUAUGCCCUGUACCUCCAUGGCUCCUUUUCUCUUGAAAACUGGAGUGCUGAAAACCCAAAAGCACACCGAAACACCAUGCCCGUCAGUGUAUUCCGGUUAUGUAACAGGCUGUUUGCACUACUUCGAGAUUAGGCUUAAGGCUUCACGAGACGGCAGCGUUAGGCACUUUCAUGCAGCGGCACAUUUAAACGUGCUUGCUGUCCCCGUAGCAUCACUUUGAACCCCACGCGGAACUGUGUCUUCGGUCAACUCCCGGGACUUACAUAUUGUCGUUGUUCUCAAAUGAUUAUCAUUGGCUCCGCGAGAAUAAACACUGUGCGCAGACGCAGGCACGUAAGCUGAAUUCACGGUCUCGUGGCUCACUCCAUCCCAUACAAGUGAACGCCGUGUCAAGUCCAUGUGGCAUCAUUUCAUCUUGAGUGAAUGUGUUUGUCCUUGAUUGAAGGGGGUGUGACUUGGGAGUGUUCAGCGCUGAAAAGUCAAAGGGCCCUUCAGGCACAAAGAUGUGGACAAACUCUGUGCUCUGCGCGGCUGUCUUGGACAGAAAAGAGUGCUUCAAAGGCGGUUUAGACUAGCGUCCGAGAGCUGCCGUUAUUUUGCUGGCGUCCUUCUUCGAUCCACGUACUUUGUUUGCCGUCACUUCUGCCACUUCGUCACCUUAGGGCAUCUCUGAGCAAACCGGCUGCGGAAAUUGGAGUGACCGAACCAUCACGUGUACAAGCCGUCAACCCGCACACUACUCAAGUCGGUGGUGGGAAAAUUUUCAAACACAGUAUAUUGCUGAUGACAUAUCGCAUGUGUUUCCUUCAAGGAAUCCAUGUUUGUGGUCACUAGUCAUUGUAGAGCGUAAAAAAAUGCAGACGCAACAUGCUUUCAAGCUUGACAACCGGCCCACAGUUCUACCCACGCCUUGGAACAAUUACGAAACGCUCACCAGUGCAAAGUAAAAGAGGCGACUGUGUCUAGGAACUUGACUCACUCGGAAGUGUUCCGCUCUAGCCGCUCAAGACCUGAGGACCCAGCCGCGCAGCAAGUACACGGUGUCUUGGCGGGCAUGCUUGCCAGCGAUUAACAUGUUCGUGCACAUCUAAGAAGCAUCCUCCUCACGUCAUUAAACACAACUUUUAGCAAACGCUCCCGACA